GCAUAGCCACAGACAGGAUGAUUGGAAUCUUCUUCAGCAUGUCACUUUUUCAAAGUAGAUUCUUCUGCUGCUUGCAAUUUUGGGUGAUCACGUUUCGAGUCAUCGCAAACAUCUCAUCAUCGAACCUCCAAAUGAUGAGCCGAUUAUUGGGGAGAUGGGGAUGCAUCGCUUAUCCACUUGAUAGCGUUGCACCUUCCUAAGAUUCCUCUAAAGUCAUUGGCUGUUGACAGCAAUGUUUCCAUGUCAAACACGGAGCUUUACAGAUAAUUCAAGCGGUUUGAUCGGUCAAUUUCAGUCAAUAUGGAGGAUCCUCUCCCUGCAUAUCAUGAGAUCAACAAAGAUGUUGCAACCCUCAUCGCUCCGUAUCUUAACACUUCCGAUCUCUACUUUGGCUCUCUCGUCAAUUCGCACUUCAAUGAGAAACUGGGCAAUUAUCUUUGGGCUAACCCAUUCCGAGACCUAGCCCAAAGAAAACAGCCUUGUGAAGUUGUAACCCGAUUCUUCCUUGCCUCUCCAAAACGUGAUCUCCGGACGCGCAAGAGAGUUCGAAUUCUCGACCUGCGUGCACUGCACGAGAUCAGACGUGACAGAGCUCAGACUAAAGAUUGCGUGAUAUUCGGACCCCAUCUGAAGCCUGAGUGGUUCUUCAAGUUCUUCACGCAUUUUCCAAACCUCAAUUGCAUUCUUCUCGCACCAACAUGCUCUGAAGACUACGAUUUAGGUGCUGGCGCUGGCCUGCCAGAUAAUCAUAAUGGGAUGCCACAGCCAGAAUUCUUAAGCGCGGCUGGUUGCAAUACCUUCAACCUCUCCCUGAUUCUCAAUCAUAACAUAACCCAGAACCUAAUAUAUCUCGACGCAUCUGAGACAGCCCGGAGCACAAAUUGGAAAACCAUAUUCACCGUACAAACCCUUCCCAAACUUAGGAUCUUGAAGCUACGCGGUCUGAGAUUAACAGAUACCAUGUUACCACCCAUAGUGACCCACUCCAGAGGCCAAAUAUGGUCUUUAGACCUUCGAGAUAAUCUCUUGACAGACAAUGUAAUCUACUCUCUAAUACGAGGCUGUUUUCUAAAGCGAUUACCAAAUCGCAAGCAUGGUCCACUCCGCACAACAGACGAUGAACUGUUCGAAGACCCUCCCAUUUACCGCGAGACUAACGAAAGCAAUGACCCACACCCAACUGCUACAACUACACUUCGCCCCGACAGUACUCAAGAAGUUGAAAGUUUUAGACACGGGAUUAAUAUUCUCGAGCGAAGAAAUAAUGCUGAAGAUAACCUUUUGCUGGUCACGGGUCUGACACACCUCUACAUAUCAAACAACAAAUUCACAGCUCUUGCACCUAAACUCCUCCUCGCCAGUACCAAUUCUCUCCAAGUCCUCGACAUCGGACCAACCCGCGCCCAUCCACCCACCGGAGCCAAAUCCCAUCUCGACCCGCACACCCAAGAACACAGCAUCCCAUAUCUCACACGAGAAUGGCAGCCCCGUCUCGAAAUCCUCCGCAUGCACCACUCCAUCGUAACGCACCACGGACUCCCCUUCUCUCCCCUCAACACUCCCCGUCUACACACCCUAACCCUCACCUCUCUCCCGCGCAAAACAAACCCAAACCCUUCCCCAAACUCCCCCCCAAACCCCACUCCCCACCUCCUCACCCUCCUCCAGCAGCUCACCCACCAAGAACGCACCAUCCACAGCAUUCAAAACCCCCCACCCAACCGCCGCGCACCCCCCCUCUACCCCGGCCUCCGCGAACUCAUUUUAGAAUUCCUCCCUCUCAAGCACACCCCUCAUUCUCCAGACCGCGCUCGCUCCGGCAGUGGAGUCAGCGGUGUAAGCAGUUCAAUCACAGACGAUCAAGACGCCGACACAUACUACCGAGAGCUAGCUAGCGAUUUUUCCUUUCUAACCCACCAAGAAGAGGAGGCGCAGGAGAAUUCUCGCGUAGGGACGUCGAGGGGGAAUGAGAAAGCGGGGAUAAGGAAGCAAGCAGCGCGAGAUCUUGAUAUCGAUAUCGAUAUCGUAGAAGAGUUGAAGGAAUGGAGAAACACUCAGGUUUUGCGCUGGGGUGGAAAAUUGUCAAUUAAGCUAUUUUAGAGGAAUGUGAGUGCGUAAGUAGGUUGUGAGUGGGAUUUAUACUUGGCUGGGGUUGAUUCGCUUGGUAUGCUAUGCUAUGGUAUGCUAUACUGCGUCGAGAUUGAAUCUAUCGGAUUGGGAUGGUGUAGCAUAGGAAAGAAUGAGAUGGAUACGCUAUAGAAAUAUCAUGACCAUGAUCAUUUAUUUCAUAUGUUCGAAUUUCAUUGCAUAUUCA